AUGAGGCCACUAACCAGGGACGAGACAGAAGUAUUCUUUCAAAAGUUGGCGAAAUAUAUCGGAAGAAAUAUUGCACAUUUAAUUGAUCGUGCAGAUGAGACAUAUUGCUUUAGAUUACAUAAAGAUCGAGUGUAUUAUGUUAGUGAAUCGUUAAUGCGACGCGCUACAAGUGUGGGCCGAGAUCAAUUAAUGUCUGUAGGAGUAUGUUUUGGCAAGUUUACAAAAUCCGGAAAAUUUAAACUUCAUAUAACGGCGUUGGAUUAUCUGGCGCAAUAUGCAAAAUUCAAAUUAUGGAUAAAACCCAAUGGCGAAAUGCAAUUCCUGUACGGGAAUCAUGUAGCAAAAGCUCACAUCGGAAGAAUAUCUGAGGAUGUGCCGGAGCAUCAAGGAAUUGUAAUGUUUUCUAUGGCUGAUGUUCCUUUGGGAUUUGGAGUCACAGCACGAUCCACAGUUGACAUACGUAAAUUACAAUCAACUGAUAUUGUCGCAUUUCAUCAAGCAGAUGUUGGAGAGUAUUUACGUGAACAGGAUACUUUGUUUUAA